UUUCAGAGUCAGAGGCUUUGUCACGGACACUCAAAAAUAAAGACACACUAACUAUACCAAACCAUUCAGACACAGAAAUCAAUCAAUGUUACUUCUUCCUAAAGCAUCAUCAUCAUGGUUAUCAACUUAUAUUCAUUUUCUUCAUUGCCACUUUCAGUAAGUUUCUAUUACUUUCUACUUGUGAAAUUCCACUUUCUAGUCUUUGUUGUUUGCAGUUUUUUUUUUUUUAUUUUACAUUUUUAUUUACUCUUUAGUUUCUGAGAAGGAGUCCUGGUAAUCUAGAUUUCGGCCGUGUAGUAAGUAACUAAAAUUUGACUAAAAUCUGUUUCUGCCUGUGAUCAAAUUCGGGUUCUCCAUUCGUCUUAGCAGAUCAUUAACCACUUUAGUCAAACUACUUGAUUACCUUUCUAAAAGCUUUUAAAGCUAUACCACUUACCGGAUCAAAUCAUUAACCACUUUAGUCAAACUACUUGGUUACCUUUCUAAGAGUUUUUAAAGCUGCUGCGUGCCGAAAUUUCGAUCGAACUCUGGACUUUGGUUAAGUUAGAUUUUUAUUUGGUUCUAAUUUGCUGCAAGUCUUAAUCUUAUGAUUAUGAUUUUUUUUCCUUACACAUUGCAAUAAUUUAUAUAUUUAUCAUCAUAUACUCCCCUUUGGGGUAUACCAAUAGAGGAAAAAAUGACUUUUUUUAAAUUUUAUUUUAUGGUUCUAGGAAAAGUUUUGGUUCAAUUUUUUAGGAUAUUCUGAAUUGGAAAUUCUGAUUGAGAAGGCUAAUAUCUCAGUUUCACCUUUAAUAUCUUUAUUAUUAUAUUUAUAUAUUUAUGUGGUCCUUUUUUUUUUACUCAACUUGCAUGUGAGUGGCAUUACUAGAUAUGCACAAUAAUUUAUUUAUUUGCCUUUUUGCAUUUUUUUAAUAUUUCAUUCUUUCUUUGUGGCAAAAAGGUAGAUUUGUUGAUACAAGCAUAAUCUUUUGGUAAGAUUCUCAUUUGUGUUUGAUUUCUGUUUUAAGAAGUUUGAUUUAGAAGGUUGAAUUUUUUAUGUUUUUGAAAAUUUCCAAAUUCUAACAAAAGUGUAGAGAUUUUUAGAAUUUUUUAUCUUUAUGUUCAUGUGAGGUUUCCUUUUAUGAGAAUAUUUGUUUUUUUCUUUUUGCUUUUUCCUUUAUGUAUUCUUUUUCUUUCUUGGAAUCUAAGAAUUUUUAAUCUGGAACUUAAAUUUACAAUUUUGGUUAAUUUGCAGCUUUGCACACUCUUAUGAAUUGUGAGCUGACUGCCCAAUUCGUUAGCUGAGGGACACCGAAAGAGUACUAACCAGAAGGUCCAGAGUUCAAAUCCUGAAAACUAACAUAAUCGAGUUUUUGAAUUUUGACCACAAAUUAACUUCUGGGGCUGUUAGUGUAUUGUAGAAAUUAGAAAAUGUCGUUUCGCAGUAUUGUUCGUGAUGUAAGAGAUGGAAUUGGAAGUUUAUCAAUGAGGAGUUUUGAGCUAAGGCUUCCUGGCCAUGACAGGGGCAAGUCGAGUAAUUCGGUUCAUGAGUCGAACGAGCAGCCACAUGUAAUAGAGAAUAGCCGGUGGGCUGGUCUUCCGUCCGAGCUUCUUUGCGAUGUAAUUAAGAGAUUGGAAGAAAGUGAGAGUACAUGGCCUGCUCGAAAGCAUGUUGUUGCCUGUGCUGCUGUCUGCAAAUCUUGGAGAGAAAUGUGUAAAGAAAUUGCUAGCAGUGUUGAGUCCAGUGGGAAGAUUACUUUCCCGGUUUCCCUAAAGCAGCCUGGUUAUAGGGAUGGACCUAUUCAGUGUUUCAUCAAGAGAGACAAAUCUAAUCUUACUUACCACCUUUACCUUUGUCUUAGUCCCGCAUUGCUUGUUGAAAAUGGGAAGUUUCUUCUUUCUGCAAAACGGAGUAGAAGAACAACUUGCACGGAGUACGUUAUAUCGAUGGAUGCAGAUAACAUAUCAAGGUCUAGCAGCACUUACAUUGGAAAACUAAGGUCAAACUUUCUUGGCACCAAAUUUAUAAUUUAUGAUACACAGCCUCCCUAUAACAAUGCUCGGCUGUCUCCACCAGGCCGAAGCCGUAGGUUUAAUUCAACAAAGGUUUCUCCAAAAGUCCCUACUGGUAACUACAAUAUUGCCGAGAUCACCUAUGAGUUGAACGUCCUUGGUACUAGGGGCCCACGCAGGAUGAACUGCAUCAUGUCCUCGAUCCCUAUGUCAUCCCUCGAGCCCGGUGGAAAUGUCCCCGGCCAGCCAGAACUUCUUCCCUGCACCCUCGAUGAUUCCUUCCGGAGCAUAUCCUUCUCAAGAUCAAUCUUCAACUCAUCCGAGUUUGGAAGUUCUAGAUUCACGGACAUAGUUGGGACUGGUAAUGAAGAGGAAGGAAAGGACAAACCUAUAAUUCUCAAGAACAAAUCACCAAGAUGGCAUGAGCAACUGCAAUGUUGGUGUCUCAACUUCAGGGGCCGGGUCACCGUUGCCUCGGUAAAGAAUUUUCAAUUGAUUGCUUCGACACAGCCUGCAGCAGCGGUUGGUCCUACUCCUACACCGUCUUCUCAGUCAACACAGUCUGAUAAUGAUAAGGUUAUUCUUCAGUUUGGAAAAGUUGGAAAGGAUAUGUUCACUAUGGAUUAUAGAUAUCCCUUAUCUGCAUUUCAGGCUUUUGCUAUUUGCUUGACUAGCUUUGACACAAAACUGGCUUGUGAAUAAUGAGUUCACAAGAGAUAUGGUUAGAAAAAUAUAGGAUUCAGUUUCCAUGUACCAAAAAAAAAAAAGAAAAAUAUAGGAUUCAGUUUCCAUUUAUGUUUUCAUAGGAUGGUGAUGCUGCAUCAUAAUUUAACUUUAAAGUACUAAAAUACAAUAUGAUCAAUGUUCCAUUAUAGUUUCUUCUUUUA